AUGUCGACGUUAGCUGGAUCUACGAGUGACGAUCUUCGUCGAAAAGCGAUCAGCAUCUCCGGCAUCGGAGCGCACGAAGGUAAUGAAGAAGAAAGUAUAAAGAAACAGUUCAACCGUCACCUUCAUUAUACGUUGGUAAAAGACCGAUCUAACGCGUCUAACAAAGAUUUCUUCCACGCGUUGGCGCUGACCGUGCGUGAUUAUCUUUCGGGACGAUGGCUGCGGACGUACCAACAUUAUUACCGCGAGGAUGUCAAACGUAUAUGCUACCUUUCGUUGGAGUUCUACAUCGGAAGGACACUAAAGAACACCAUUAUCAACCUUGGCAUCCAAGAGGUCUGCGAGGCGGCUAUGAAGAGCUUCGGUCUGAAGCUUGAUGAAUUGGAAGAUAUGGAGGAAGAUGCGGGACUCGGAAAUGGCGGCCUUGGGCGCCUCGCCGCCUGCUUCCUGGACUCCAUGGCCACCCUAGGAUUGGCGGCGUAUGGAUACGGGAUACGGUAUGACUACGGCAUAUUCGCCCAGACCAUGAAAAAUGGCUGGCAAGUGGAAGAGCCGGACUUGUGGCUGAAGGACGGUAACCCGUGGGAGAUUGUCCGCCAUGAAUACACACAAAGGGUACAUUUCUUUGGCAGAGUGGUCAAUACGGAUGGUCGCAUAGAGUGGAAAGACACACAAGUGGUGCUGGCGGUCCCUUAUGACACUCCAGUGGCAGGCUAUAAAAACAACGUAGUCAACGUGGUACGCUUAUGGUCCGCGAGGGCGCCGGACUCCUUCAAUCUCCAGUUUUUCAAUGACGGAGAUUACGUUAAGGCCGUCUGUGACCGGAACAUCGCAGAAAACAUCUCCCGCGUGCUGUAUCCCAAUGACAACAUGUUUGAGGGGAAGACGCUUCGCCUGAAGCAAGAGUACUUCCUGGUGUCCGCCUCUCUCCAAGACGCCAUCCGCCGCUACAAGGCGUCGCAGCCUGGCGUCGUUGAUAUCACGAGGACGUCUUUCGAGGAGUUCCCGGACAAGUUGGCGUUUCAACUCAACGACACGCAUCCAGCGUUAGCUAUACCGGAACUCAUGCGUCUUUUGAUGGAUGUCGAGGGGAUGUCAUGGGAACAAGCGUGGAAUAUCACCUUCCGCACAUGCGCAUACACAAAUCAUACCAUACUUCCGGAAGCGCUUGAAAGAUGGCCGACACAGCUGUUAGAUAACCUCCUCCCGAGGAUUCUUGAAAUAAUCUACUACAUCAACCACUUGUUCCUUAUUGAGGUCCGCCGCCAUUUUCCGGGCGACGAGGACAGGGUCCGCCGGAUGUCGAUUGUAGAGGAAUCCGAAAACAACCAAAUAAACAUGGCGCAUCUCGCGAUUGUGGGUUCCCAUGCCGUGAACGGAGUGGCCCGGAUACACUCAGAUCUCUUGAAGACAACCGUGUUCCGGGACUUUUAUGAGAUGUUUCCAGGAAGGUUUCAGAAUAAGACUAACGGGAUCACCCCUCGCCGCUGGCUGCUCGUGUGUAACCCAGAUCUGGCGAGCCUGAUCACGGAGAGGCUUGGCGACGGAUGGGUAAACCAUCUUGGAGAACUGAGGCAACUGGAGCCCUACGCUGAAGACGAGAACUUCUUACAAAGGCUGAUGGAAAUCAAAGAAAACAACAAGCUCCACCUGGCGGAAUACAUCCAGACCAAAUAUGGCGUCAACGUCAACGUUCACUCCAUCUUUGACGUCCAAGUGAAACGAAUACACGAGUACAAACGUCAACUGCUGAAUUGUCUGCACGCCAUUGUGCUUUAUAACAGAAUCAAGAAUAACCCGAACGCCCCUUUCACCCCGCGGACCAUCAUGAUUGGUGGCAAGGCAGCGCCGGGGUACCACACGGCAAAGAAGAUCAUCAAGCUCUUCAAUAAUCUCGCCCGUCGGAUCAACAACGACGUUGACGUCGGCAGCAAGCUGAAGCUUGUUUUCCUUGAGAAUUAUCGCGUCACGCUGGCGGAGAAGAUCAUACCGGCAGCGGACCUGAGUGAGCAGAUCUCCACCGCCGGAACGGAGGCUUCCGGCACGGGUAACAUGAAGUUCAUGCUGAACGGGGCCUUGACCAUCGGAACCUUGGAUGGGGCCAAUAUUGAGAUGGCGGAGGAGGCCGGGGAAGAGAACAUAUUCAUCUUUGGGCUAAAGGUGCACGAGAUUAAUGGAGUUCGUCGCAACUACAACCCGUCCCGGUUCUACGACGAACUUCCAGAACUCCGGGAGGCCAUCGACCAACUGAGAGCCGGCUUCUGGUCCCCGGAUCAAUCGGACCUGUUUAUGGACCUUGUGGAUAACCUUAUGCACCAUGACCAUUACCUCGUAAUGGCGGAUUUCAAAGCCUACAUAGACUGUCAAGCGCGUGUGGAGGCCGCCUACCAGGACCCUCUCAAAUGGUCGCGCACCUGUCUGCUGAACAUCGCCGCUUCCGGUAAAUUCUCCGCCGACCGCACGAUCGAGGAAUACGCCCGUGAAAUCUGGGAUGUGAAACCCAAUUAUCACGUGAUUCCCGCGCCGAGCGAGCGCCCCCUUGCAGAAUCUAUUGGAGUUGAUAUGUAG